GUAUGCAUGACUUGUGGGACACGGUUUGGGAUAGUGAAGUGGGGGUGCGCAAAAAUUGGGCCAAGUUUGUUCUCCAAUAUGUCGAGGAUGGGAUAAGGGACUAUCGUACAAGCCACCCGACAUACAUUAGAGGUUGUGUCUUGUUUCUUCAGCUUUUCUAUAUCAGCAAGUUCUCUAUGCCGGCUUUCCAAGUUGAAGUCCGCAGUCCACUUUCGGCUGCAUGGACAGAUGAGCAAGUCAAGAGGCGCUUGGCUGCCGAAAUACACACCUAUGGCAAUUAUGGCCAUGUCCAGGUCAUACAGGAAAGCAAACCUUCUGCACAAAUGAUGGACUCCAUAUGA